CUCUCACGACAAGCCUUCAACCACACGCUGCAACUUCUCUAGGCUGGUGAUUACACAUCCUACCUGCGAUCGAGAUCCUAUCGAGAAGAGAAGACACUUCUUACUGUCAAAGAUAUCAAGUUAGAACGGGACUGUGGCGUGCCUCUUUCGACCUUGGACAACGCUCCUGGAAACAUGACGCCUGAACCGCUCACGGUAUCACCUACCCCCCACGCUGACCCCUUGAUCACCUCUCCGCCCUUCGACCCAGAAACAUUAACACCAUUUGCAUCCAUCACACCCUCUCAACGCGCUCUCCUUGCUACAAGUCUACCCUGGCAAAUUCGCCUCGAAACACCCCCUCCAUCUCCAUCAUCUUCCUUAUCCUCCUCCUCCCAAACUACACCUACAUCCCCAACAACAGCAGAAAUAACAACGACAAAUACAACAAUAUCAGCAGAAGAAACAAUAACGACCUACGCCGCUCCGCGCGCCCUGCUCCUCUUCGUCUCCUCCCCCUCCUCAUACAUCCACGCCCACGCCUCAGACCCAUACAUAUCUGUCCCAGCCUCGAUCUGCCCCUUUCCAGAGCCCGCCCUCGUAGAUCUUCUUGCAUGGCUCACUAAUAACACCAACAACGCCAAUGAAGCGCCGUGCCAGAUUGUCAUACCGCCAAGCCCGGUCAUGGCGGUCAAUUUGUAUCUGCUGGCCGAGCGGCUGGGGGUGGGCGAGGCAGCGAAUCACAUCUUUGAACGUCUCAGUCGUCGGCUUAGGGCUAGCUCUCAUGAUUUUGAGCCGCUCCCAGAGAAGCUAGUGGACGCAAUCGUGGGAUUUUUACCGUAUCUCCCGAAGCCGGAUCGGUUGCUAGAGUAUACAAUGAAGGCGCUAUUGUUGUGGGCUAUAACGAGGCUUGACGCGCGGGAAGGAAGAAUGGCAAGGCGGUUUCUGCGUAAACGACCGGCGCUGUGGUGUACUGUGCGUGCGAUGGACGUAUAUAAAGCUCUCAUACCCCUCCGGACGCUGGACCAGAAUCCAUCGCUCUUGUACCCUGACGAAGAAUACUACCGCGCCCAGGGCACAGAGCUGCUCGCCCAAGCCAGAGAAAGAGAAACUGGAGAAAGUAGAGAAAGUAGAGAAACUGGAGAAACGGGAGAAACGGUAGAAACUGGAGCAACUGGAGCAACUGGAGCAACUGGAGCAACUGGAGCAACUGGAGCAACUGGAGCAACUGGAGCAACUGGAGCAACUGGAGCAACUGGAGAAGAAGCCAGAGAAGAAGAAGUCAUAGCAGAAGAAGCCACAGCUGAAGAAGCCACAGCAGAAGAAGCCACAGCAGAAGAAGCCACACCAAUAGGCGCAGAAACCACCGGAAUCACCGAAGCCAAACAAGAAGAAGAGGAAGAAGGAGACGAAGAAGAAGGCAUACUAAUAGGCUCCCAAACCGCGGAAACCGCAGAAGAAGAAGGAGAAGAAGAUGACGACGAAGUCACACUAGCAAACUCCAUACACAGCGAAACCGUAGAAGGAGACGCAGAAGUGGACCCAGAAGAAAUGGAAGACCCACCCCUGCUCCUGGACGAGGCUCCGCUCCUCGCACACGAAAGACCACCUUGCGCCCAUGAGCCGGAGGGUCAUGCGUUUGGCUGCCGCUUCGCGCAUGGCGGGAUGGCGCCUCCGACGGUGUUGGGGUCGGGUGUUUUUUGGGAGGAGAUAGUCGGGAGGGAGUGUGGUGGCGAGCAAGAGCAGCAGCAGCCGGAGAGUGAGGAGAGGAUGCAUACGGAAGUGGAUGUGGAUGUGGAGGAAUGGGGUUUAGAUAUAGGGAUGGGGAAGAGGAAGUGGGAGGAAGGGUGGGAUGAGUGGGUGGCGGAGCAGUUGGAGAUUUGGGACGAGGGGCGCUAGGAGGGGCAUGCUGUGAGGAUUGAGGGUUGAGUGAGGGAUGAGGGUGUUUUUACUGCUUGAUAUUAUUGGGUUUGACAAGGUGUGCGUUCCGUGUGUCUGUGUACUUAGUGGAUGCUGGAGGUUGUCUAUUAUUUCGACUGUCUGCUCUGCUAUUUGCUUUGCAUGCUGUGGAUUCUGGCUUGCUUCCUCGUGCGUGGGCUGGCUGCUCCUGUG